GCUCCCUUGCCGCGGCCGCCGAAGUCCGCGCGAAAAUGAAAUCGAGUUUCUAAAUUCAAACCACAAAUAUUCAUUUUUAACUUUUUAAUUUUACGUAUUUAAAUUAACUUUUUAAGUUUUCGUCUAGGAACGAAAGUUUGGUGUUUGUUUUUUUUUUUAUAAAGUUUAACUGGAAGUGAAAAUGAAGUUCUUUUUUGGUAAUUUACCUAGUGUUCUGCUGAUGUCGCUAGUUCUACUAGCUAAUGCUCAAAGGUCUUCCAACAACCUCAGAGACGUCGAUUUCCAAGAGCUGGCGCGGCAAAACAAGAUUACGAAGCAGAUCCUCGAGGCGUUUAUCCAGAAGAAACUUGGCUUGUCAAGAGACUCAAUAAGGCCGCCGUCGAUACAUGAGAUACUUCCAGUGAAGAAGCAUCAAGAAGAUAGGAAUACAAGAGAGACGGCGGAAGAGAACCAACAAGAAGGACAGGAGUAUGCAGAAGACGACAGCUUGCAAAGCGUCGAGAGUGAACAGAUUGACUCCAUCUAUUCUGAAGAAUGCACGAGUUGCAAUGACGACGAGCUGGGCGUGACGCGGUGGACGAUGCCACUGCUCAAGACCGGAGAGAAGAGAUACUACCUGGGGAUAUUCUUCAAGGCAAACUGGUUCAAGGCGCAGCAGUAUUGCAGGUUCCACGGCAUGCACCUCGCUUCCAUCUCCUCGCAAAAGGAAAACGAUGAGCUCGAGAAAUACGUCAAGGAUUCAGGUUACGGCCGUGAACAUUUCUGGACAUCGGGCACCGAUUUAGCAGAAGAAGGCAACUUCUUCUGGAUGGCAAACGGAAGGCCAUUGACCUUCGUCAACUGGAACGCUGGAGAACCAAACAACUUCCGAUACGAGAACGGUGAAGAAGAGAACUGCUUAGAACUGUGGAACAGAGACGACAAAGGACUCAAAUGGAACGACUCUCCGUGUUCGUUCGAAACUUUCUUCAUUUGUGAAGUCAGGACGGACUGAGUUUGAAAUUGGAACGGUUAUACUUAAUAUUAGGUUUUUGAACAAACGAUGUAUGCAUAUUGGGUGUUUUUUCUGUCUGUUAUGGAAACCAUAAGGUAUUUUAUGAUAUAUAUUUUAUUUAUCCAUAGAUAGGGUUUUACAAUUGAAAGAAAAACUGAAGACUAGACAGCAACUUAGCUUGUGAAAAUAAAUAGUAAGUAAAUUUUAAGGGUUACACUUUUGAAAUGAAUAUUAUGUGUACCUACCUGGAUAUUUUUAUAUUGAUUUAGGUUCAAAAUCCAAUAGGAUUUUUCAGGCAGACUAAAAAUCCACCCAAUAUGAAGCUAUGUUACGAAUUUUCUUCACGAUUUUGUCUGACUAAAAUUGGUGAAGACUGAUCUAUUUCAAGACACAUUCUGGUUGUUUUAAGUUUUUUUUAGUAAAUAUCAUACUGCAUUUUCUUUCAAUAUACUUAUUUAGUUUUGUAUGACCCACAAAAGCGCGUGUAAAAUUUAAAGUUACCAUUAUGUAUAUAGGUACUGUCUUGUUAACCGACUAUAAAUUAGAAAUUGAUUAUUUACAUAUACAUAUAU